AUGCCUCGAGCGCCAAAGCCCCAGAAGCGGGCAGAUUACCGCACAGCUCGCCAGCAGGAUAAUGGUGCUAUUGAGCUGCCAAAGAAGAAAUUUUACCGUCAACGAGCUCAUGCGAAUCCCUUUUCGGAUCACCAACUGGAAUACCCUGCAAGUCCUGCAGAAAUGGAUUGGUCGCCGUAUUUCCCGGCCUAUGUGGCCGACUCUGAAGAUUUACCUGAUGCCAGUGCUCACGCCGAGGAGAACGGACAACUUCUGACAGCCCCCAAGAGACUUAAGCAGGAUGUCGAGAUCAUAGACAUUGGUUGCGGCUUUGGAGGGCUGCUUGUUGCCAUGGGUCCUGCUGUGCCAAAGUCUCUCAUGUUGGGCCUCGAAAUUCGCACUCAAGUUACCGAGUAUGUCCAGGAAAGGAUACGAGCCCUUCGUGCUCAAGAAGCCGAGUCAGGAAAAUACCAAAAUAUUGGCUGUUUUCGAGCAAACACCAUGAAGUUUUUGCCCAAUUUCUUCAGAAAAGCUCAGCUGUCGAAGAUCUUCAUUUGCUUUCCGGACCCGCAUUUCAAGGCCAAGAAGCACAAGGCGAGAAUUGUGUCGACAACCCUCAACUCCGAAUAUGCAUUUGUCCUUCGGCCAGGCGGCAUUAUCUACACCAUUACUGAUGUCGAAGAUCUUCACAACUGGAUGGUCCACCAUCUAGAUGCCCACCCGGCGUUCGAGAGGGUAACCGAGGAAGAGCAGGAGGCUGACGAGUGCGUAAGCAUCAUGAAGACUGCAACCGAAGAGGGCAAGAAGGUGGAGAGGAACAAGGGCCAAAAGUUUGUUGCCUUGUUCCGCCGCUUGCCUGAUCCUUCGUGGUGA